UCUGGCAAUGUCGUGUUGGUUUGACAGUUGGAUGUCGCCUGUUAUAUUUUUAAACUUUAGUCUUUAGCACGAAUCCUUUCUUAUCAAUUCUUAGUCAUGGCUUCUCAAAUAGUCGAUAAGAAGAUCGCAUUAAUUACGGGGAUCACUGGCCAAGAUGGGUCUUAUUUGGCUGAAUUUCUCCUGGCAAAAGGUUAUCAGGUUCAUGGCAUUUUAAGAAGAUCUAGCUCGUUCAACACGGGUAGAAUUCAACACCUCUAUGCCGACACAAAAUCUCACAGAGAAGGGGCCAUGCAUUUACAUUAUGGUGACUUGACAGACAGUUCUUGUUUGGUGAAAAUCAUUGCAGAAGUCAAACCCACUGAAAUCUAUAAUCUGGGUGCUCAAAGCCAUGUCAAAGUAUCUUUUGACCUUGCUGAGUACACUGCCAAUGUUGAUGCCCUGGGAACACUUAGAAUUUUGGAUGCAAUUCGUACUUGUGGUUUAGAAAAAUCUGUUAAAUUUUAUCAAGCAUCAACAUCAGAACUUUAUGGAAAAGUUCAAGAAGUGCCUCAGAAUGAGAAAACUCCUUUUUAUCCUAGAUCUCCAUAUGGUGUGGCGAAGCUGUAUGCUUAUUGGAUUGUAACCAAUUAUCGAGAAGCUUACAAUAUGUUUGCUUGUAAUGGCAUCCUUUUUAAUCACGAAAGUCCCCGUCGUGGCGAAACUUUCGUAACAAGAAAGAUCACACGUUCAGUCGCCAAAAUCGCACUAGGUCAGAUGGAACAUUUUGAACUGGGAAAUCUUGACUCCAAAAGAGACUGGGGUCAUGCCAGGGAUUAUGUUGAAGCAAUGUGGCUAAUGCUACAACAAGAAAAUCCAGAAGAUUUCGUCAUAUCGACAGGAGAGAUGCACAGCGUACGAGAAUUUGUCGAAAUGUCCUUCGGUCACAUUAACAAAACUAUUAGGUGGGAAGGAACGGCAGAAGAUGAAGUGGGUAUCGAAGUUGAAUCAGGCAAAAUUCGGGUCAAGAUCAACAAGAAGUAUUAUCGUCCCACGGAAGUUGAUCUUCUUUUGGGCGAUUCUUCCAAAGCAAACAAAGUUCUUGGUUGGAAACCUAGUGUGUCAUUCCCUGAUUUGGUAAAAGACAUGAUGGAAUCUGACUUGGAAUUGAUGAGGAAGAAUCCUGGAGCUUGAUCCU